CAAUCCUUAUUAUCGAAUCAAGCCGAGCGAGUUUGAAUUUUUGUGAGUUUUUAAAACACAGUUUUUCAGAAUGACCGACAUCAAAAAGUGCUUCUACACGACGAUCCUCUCGCAGACCAUUUCCGGCGAUGGAAAGUACCUGUUUUGCGGUAGCAAUUUUGGAGAAAUCCUGAUCUACAGCAUCGACCGCAUCCUGUCCUGCAGCGAGAGUUCCAACGGAGAUCCGGACAAACCGCCGACGGCACCACACGCGGUCUUCCCCCUAUCGGAAAAGUGCCAAGUCUACAGCCUGUCCUUCCACAAAGACUUUCUGAUCGUUGGCCUCAACGGUGAAAUCUGCGGGUACGCGUGGAACGUCAAGAAUGCCACCGUUGGCAAGCGAGCCUGGACGGUCAAACUACCGGUUUCGGCCGAAUACACCGACAUCAACGAGGUCAACUACCUGUGGAUGGACAAAACGGACGAGAUUCUGUACGCCGGUUGUGGCGACAACGUGAUGUACGCGAUUUCUCUCGAGGACGGUCGAAUCACGCGCAACUUCCAGGGUCACAAGGAUUACAUUCAUUGCGUGUCCGGUUGCGGUGGCAAGUUGGCCACCGCGUCCGAGGAUGGCUCCGUGCUGAUGUGGGACGCGCGCCAGUCAAAGUUCACCGGCAAAAUUGAACCCUUCUCGAAGGACACGCUGAACCGGCCGGAAUUUGGCAAAUGGCAGGGCACCGUGUCCAUCACGGAGGAUUGGCUCGUUUGCGGGGGCGGUCCACGCUUCUCCCUGUGGCAUCUGCGAUCGCUCGAGUGCACCACGGACUUUGCCUUCCCGGAGCGGCUGCACGUGUCCGGUUUCAUCGACGACAUGAUUUACGCCGCCGGCGAGUGCCGGAAUCUGUACCAGUACAACUUCAACGGGGACGUAACGGCCGAGAUUCCGGUGUCGGCUCCGGCUGUCUACAGCGUGGUGCAGCAGAGCGAACCGAACAAGUUUAUGGCCAUUGCGGGGGCCGCCAGCCAGAUCGACGUUUGCACCAACUUUAGCUUCAAGGACAUUGUGCUUCAGGCGUACCAGAAGUGAGCAUUUCUCAACCACAAUAAACCACCCAAAAUUUUCCAGUAAAAACCAUUUAUUUGAUUUCCUUUCCGAAAACUAAACAAUCUUGAUCGAUGGACAUUACAUUACUAUGAUGCAGUGAGAGUUAGAAAGUAGGUAGAAAUAAGCUGGUUCCAAAUUGCCCGUCGUUGCGCGCGCACAAACAAAAGAAGCUACACGAAAAAAAAACACUAUUUACAAUUAAUACGAUCCGUUUUUCCCGGUGGUCGUCGUUUGUUUGGAUGUUGGGUGGUGGGGUCGUCCAUGUCCUCGUCGUCGUUUGUGUUAGCGUUUCGUCUUCUUGGGACUGCGACUGCCGUUGGAGCUGCUGCCGUUACCGUUGUGAAAUCUAAACCGGAAAAACAGGACACAGAGAGAAGGAGAAAAAAGGACCGUAAAAGCGAUUCCUGUGGGUUUGGGGGGAGCGGGGACUGGGGGGUUAGUAGCAGCGCGGAAGCGGGAAAUGGUUAAAAAAAACUAAGGAUCUCGGCGGAGGGACAAGCUGGCGCGCGCGUCGUUCCUGAAGUGAAGUGGUUUAACUCAUGUCCAUGUACCGGUUGUUGGUCGGUCGCGGUCGCAGAAUUAGCUUGCCCGUUUCGUCGCAGGACAUGUUAAACUCGGCCAGCACGCUCCGCGUUCGGGACGUGAUGAUUUGCGGUGCAAUUACGAGCUUGUGGAUUCCGAACACAAACAGGAGCA